UUAGCUAAACAUCAACAACACUUCACAUUUCACUACAAUGUCUUCUUCUUCUGCAAUCCAUUGCUUUCUUCUCCUCUCAAUAGCCCUUUUCUCUAUCUGCUACUUCCCACCAACAUCACAUGCUCUCAAAAUCAUUCCACGCUCCUUCAUCCUCCCCAUAAAAAAAGACCCUGCCACCAACCUCUUCUACACUUCACUUGGCAUCGGAACACCUCGACAAGACUUCAACCUCGCCGUUGAUCUUAUCGGAGAGAAUCUCUGGUACGACUGCAACACUAACUACAACUCCUCAACUUACCAUCCAAUCGCUUGUGGCGCAAAGAGAUGCCCUGACGUUGCAUGCAUUGGCUGCAAUGGCCCCUACAAACCAGGUUGCACAAACAACACAUGCCCUGCUAAUGCAAUCAACUCAUUAGCCAAAUUCAUCUUUGGUGGUGGCCUUGGUGAAGAUCUCAUCUUCUUUUCAAAGUUGCAGGUUCCUGGUUUGCUUUCUGGUUGCAUUGACACUGAUGGGUACCCAUCAUUCACUGGAGAAGAUUCACCAUUAAACGGGUUGCCUAAAAGCACCAGAGGAAUCAUAGGCCUAGCUAGAUCACAACUUGCUCUGCCAUUACAGCUUGCAGAGGCUAACAAGCUUCCUGCAAAAUUUUCACUCUGUUUGCCUUCUUCAAACAAGCAAGGAUUCACAAACUUGCUUGCAUCUGGCAAACAACAACAUCCUUUGGAGGUUUCUAAAUCUGUUAAAUUUCAAACAACACCACUCAUUGUGAACCCUGUUGCCACAGGUGCAGUAUCUGUGCAGGGUGAGCCUUCCAAGGAAUAUUUCAUUGAUGUGAAAUCAGUGAAGAUUGAUGGCAAAGUUGUGAACCUGAAGCCUUCCCUGUUGUCAAUUGAUCAAAAAAAGGGAAGUGGAGGGACCAAAAUCAGCACCAUUAGUCCUUUCACUGAGCUACAAAGCACUGUCUACAAAACCUUCAUUAAAGAUUACAUCAAGAAGGCUUCAGAUAGAAAGCUGAAGAGAGUUGCAGCAGUGGCACCCUUUGAGGUGUGCUUCGAUUCAACCACCAUUGGGAACUCUGUCACUGGACUGGUUGUGCCAACUAUUGAUCUUGUGCUUCCAGGGGGUGUGCAGUGGAAAAUUCUUGGAGCUAAUUCAAUGAUGAUGGUGAAGAAGAAUGUAGCAUGUCUUGCAAUUGUUGAUGGAGGGACCAAACCAAGAAUGUCGUUUGCUAAAGCUGCAAUUGUUAUUGGUGGACAUCAAUUGGUGGAUAAUCUCUUGGAGUUUGAUCUGGCUUCUUCCAAAUUAAGCUUCAGCUCCUCACUUUUGCUCCAUAAUUCCACCUGUUCCUAGUCCUACUCUAGAGAUUGUCAUAAUCCUCAUAGUCUUAUCUAUUAAAUUAAUCAUGUUGAAUAAUGCAGCUUCUAUAUGUGUCAAUCACUUUCCUGUUUGCUUUGCUGUAAGCAGGAAAGUGAUUAUUGUUCUGUUGUGCCAUUUAUUUGAUGCCAGAUAUGAUAUGAAUUUUUUAUGUACUACUCUGAAAUUUGAAUAAUAAAAUCCGUACUUAUUUGAGGUUCA